GGGCCAGGUCCUCCCAUGCCUGUUGUCCCCAAAGGCUCUCUUUGGGCUUGCCAAGCAGCUACGUUCUGGAGGGCUAGCAUGUACCAAAGGCACACAACCUCCAGAGUUGACAGAGUCAAGUCCUGGCAUGCCCGAGGCUAGCACAGACAGCACCCUCAGACUGUCCCCAUGACCCUCUGCUCCAGUCUGAGGGGCAGGACACCAUGAGGCCUCUCAGACACAGAGUCCACCCUCGACAUGACCCGGAUGAAAGGCAGGAAUGUGCUCCCCGAAGGGGACCCGUCUCUGCAAGCCCACAGCCCUACCUGUGGCAUCCACAGCCUCAGAGAGCAGUGGGGCCCCUUACCCCUGAACCCCCUCCAAGAGCAUCAGGACAACAAGCCUUGAGCUGUGGAGACAAGAGAAUCAGUAUCCCUGGCCCAGGGAGGAUUUCAGGAGAGGACACGGGCAGGAGCCCUGGCCCAGAGCCAGAACCAAGAGUCCAGCCAGCGAAACUGGAGCUAGGGUCCCCGGCACCCAGGCCUCUGCGAGCAUCCCCCAAUAGCAAGCCCCUCUGCAAGGGAGACGCGCUGGCCCACCCCAGGCUGUCCAGCUCCAGCAGCCUUGCAGGCAGCCCCUCCAGAAAAAGAGCCCGGUCCUCCCCCACCCUGCUCCCCACAGGCUGUCCCUGAGCCCGAGGCCCAGAGGCACAAGAGGACUUCUGUAGAGCCCAGGGGAGCAGGCUGUUCUCUUGGGGCCCCGGGGGGCUCAAGGGGUGGCCAGGCUGUCCCCAACUCAGGACAGACCAUGGGCUGUCCCGGGAACCUCCUCUGGAACUCCCUGCCCAAGCUCCGCCAUGGACCUGGACGUCAGGGGCCUGUGGUUUAACUUUGAAUAGGGAUUCUGGACCUUGCAUGUGUGCCCUGGACGGCCCCAGAACCAUGGGGUGGGGACCGACCCAGCAAGCCCACCGGGGGCCCUGAAACCUGGCCCUGCCGGGCACUGUGAUAAUAACCAAGAGGCAAGUCCAGAGACAUCCACUUUGCCCAAUGGCACCUGCAUCCGACUCUCAGCAGGCAGUGACUGGCAUGGUGUGGGGGCAGCCGGGGCAGCACCUGGCCAGCACCUGGCCAGCUGCCCCAUAGCCGCCGAUGGCUCCAGUGCCUCUGGACCUCAUUUUCUACUUUCUACGGGGAAACCUGCUCCCUCAGAGGCCACCAGAGGGAAGAGUGAGCAAGGCACUCCUGCGGCCCCAACCAGCCAGCGGCAUGUCCUGUGGCCUCUGACUCAACCUAUGAGACAGAGCUCUGAUCCCAGGGCACACUUCCCAGGAAACGGGGCCCAGCCUCAACCAGAGCCCUGUGAAGGGAGGGGCACCAGGAUGACCACAUGAGGGACCGUGGCGCUGCACAUUUCCUUUCAGCGAAACUGGAGCUAGGGUCCAGUUUCUCAUUGGAGAAUCCAGGCAAGAUCUUGAAGCAGGUGCAAGAGAUCCUGAGCCUGUGCAGCAAACAGCACUCAUCUGGGGCUGGCACGAAGGGGUCUACAGAGCCACGGCCACUGCAGCCUCCUCCCGGCCCCAUCUGUGCAGUGCAAGUGAUCCACGCCUGCUCCUAAGCCCAGCCCAGCAAGCAGCUGCCAUCAAUUGCCACAGCCAAGUGGAUGAUAGGAUGGAUGCUGGCGUAUGCGGAGGAGGCAGAUGCAACGCUCAUCUCUGAUAAUGAUGUCUGUUCCCUUAGAGGCGGCUAGAGCAUCGCCUCUUCACGCAAGUGUCUUGAAACUCAGCUUCAAGAUUUCAGCAAACGUGUCUUACAGCGAGGAGAAGAGGGAGUCAGUCCAUCGGGAUUAAAAAUAUAGAGGCAGUGACAACACACACUCGGCUUCAGUUCUUAGGAGAGUUUUGGUUUUGAUUUUUUUUUUUUUUUUGGAGAAGAUUUUUUUUUUUUAAUGGAUCUACACUGUUAACUGAGACUCUAUUGGGAUUCACUGGUUUACUUAAAGACUUCUCAGGGAUGUCUGUAAAUUUCAGUGUUACAUGUCAUGAAAACUGGUGUGGGCGGAUCUGUUGGUUGAAAUAAUUUCUACUGUUUCAAAUACUGAAGGCAGGAAUAAUUGGUUUAUACUGUGUUUUAAAUAAAAGUAUUACUGGUAAGUCCCCCAGUAAUAAGGGGGAUUUUUAAGGACA